GGGAGGGUCUGGAUGAUGGAGCUAAGAUGGCAGCCCGACCGAGGGUGCUGCCUCUCCAGGCUCAACCACAUUCAAGGGACAAAUCCAUCUAAUACACGAUGAGAGACUUUAUGUGGAUAUGUGUUUUUGCCAUUUCUGCUAGCAGCGCUGUUUUGACCUGAAAAGGAUCCUGGAUGAGGAUUGGAGCGUGCGCUUGGACGGAUCGGUGGACUGUAGCUGCACCACUAGAUUGGCAACAAUUUGCGCUUACAAUAACAGAACGGUCUAGGCUUUAUUGUACAUUAUUGUUCCAAGAAAUGGUCAAAUGAUGUGACGCUGUUGGAUAUAAGGACCGGUGGUUUACCUGUGAUGGCUGGAUCGUGCCUGGCUGACAUUGUGUGAUAUAUGCAGUGUUCUCCAAAACGAUGAUGUGUGCUGCUGCGGCAGCGGCCGCCGCCGGUGGUGGUGGAGGUGUCCUCCCCUCAUCCUCGCCGUCGAUGGCGAUGGGUGUCCGGGUUAUUUCUGCUGCUGGAACCGACUUCUCCUCCAUCGGUUCUGGGAUGGGGUCUUGCCCGGUUCAGGGACCCCAGUCAGACUGUCGGACUCGGUACCAGCUUUUACUCUCAGGGCGAGCGUUAGCUGAAAGGUAUAGAAGGAUUUAUACCACGGCUAUCAGCGAUAAAGAGCAAGGGAUAAAUCAAGGAAGGGGAAAGAAAGCUUUGAGUAAGAAGAAACUUAAAAGACGUCAGAAGGUCAAAUCAAAAGUCAAAUCCAGAACAAAGGCUGAAAGUUUAGAUGGAGCCCUGUGUGUGCCAGACAUCAAACUUCACAGCAACCCUUCUGCUUUCAAUGUCUACUGCAACGUGCGGCACUGUGUGCUGGACUGGCAGCAGAGAGAGGCCUCCUUAGCAUUGGCUUCUAGGAGCUCAGUGCAAAGUGGUGACUCUGACAGUGAAGAAGAGGAAGAGUACCGUGAGCCAGCGUUCAAGCUGCCAAAAAUCAUUGGUAUUGGGUUAUGUGGCGUAUUUGAGCUAAUAAAGGAGACACGGUUCUCUCACCCUUCACUUUGUUUGCGUAGCCUACAGGCUUUGUUGGAUAUGCUGCAAGGACAACAGCCAGAGGGCUUUCAAACUGAGCCCCCUGAUGUGUUAGAGUCUUUAUUCCAGUUGUUGCUUGAAACCACAGUACGGAGCACAGGCCCCAAUGACCCAACCGGUCAGGCUAUCACUGCUUUGUCGUGUGCUUGCCUCUUCAGUCUGGUAGUUUCCUGGGGAGACACUGGCAAAAUCCUCCAGGCUGUAUCUGCAAUUCUUACAAACAAUGGAAGCCAUGCCUGUCAGACCAUACAGGUCCCCACUAUUUUGAAUGCAUUACAGAGAAGUGUGCAGGCUGUGCUGGUGGGGAAGAUUCAGAUUCAGGAUUGGUUUAGUAAUGGUAUCAAACGUGCAGCCCUGAUGAACAAAUGGGUCCUAAAAGAGGUCUCCAUAGAUGAAGAUGAGCGAUGUCUUCUUCAAACGGAUGGAUCCUUCUUGUAUUUGCUCUGUAAAGAUGGCCUUUACAAAGUGGGCUCUGGCUACAGUGGGACUGUCAGGGGCCAUGUGUACAACUCCACAUCUCGCAUCCGAAAUCGAAAGGAGAAAAGAUCAUGGUUGGGUUUUGCUCAGGGGUUCUUGUUGUACCGUGACACUAGUAACCACAGUAUGUCAGCUCUUAAGAUCAACCCUGAGACACUGGAACAUGAGGGUACUGUUUCUAUGCCAGGACAACAUUCAGAUGGACAGAACAUCAUCUUUACUGAUGGAGAAUAUAUCAACCAAAUCGCAGCCUGCAAAGAUGAUGGUUUUGUGGUUCGGAUCUAUACAAUGAGCUUAGACCCAGCUCUGCAGCAGGAACUGCAGCUCAAGCUUGCAAGAAAAUGCCUCCAUGCUUGUGGAAUAUCACUUUUUGACCUGGAGAAGGAUUUACACAUCAUCAGUACAGGCUUUGAUGAAGAGGCGGCACUUAUUGGAGCUGGUAGAGAAUUUGCUCUCAUGAAAACCGCCUCUGGAAAGAUAUACUAUACAGGAAAAUAUCAGAGCCUUGGUAUCAAGCAAGGUGGACCCUCGGCAGGAAAGUGGGUGGAACUGCCAGUGACCAAAUCUCCCAAAAUUGUUCAAUUUUCAGUUGGACAUGAUGGCUCUCAUGCACUACUAGUGGCUGAAGAUGGAAGUGUGUUUUUUACUGGCUCUGCCAGUAAAGGAGAAGAUGGAGAAUCCACUAAAAGUCGCCGACAACCUAAACCCUACAAACCCAAGAAGAUGAUCAAAUUAGAAACCAAAACAGCCGUGUACACAGCUUGCAACAAUGGCAGUAGCAGCAUUGUUACAAAGGAUGGAGAACUGUACAUGUUUGGGAAAGAUGCCAUUUACAGUGACAGCACAUGCCAGGUUACGGAUCUGAAAGGACAUUUUGUAACUCAGGUUGCUAUGGGGAAGGCCCACACCUGCGUGUUGACCAAAAGUGGCGAGGUGUGGACUUUUGGUGUCAACAACAAGGGUCAAUGUGGCAGAGACACUGGAGCUAUAAGCCAGGCAGGGAAAGCAUUUGGAGUGGAGAGCAUGGCUACAGCAAUGGAUGAAGACCUGGAGGAUGAACUAGAGGAGAAAGAAGAAAAAAGUAUGAUGUGCCAGCCAGGGAUGCAUAAAUGGAAACUGGAUCAGUGCAUGGUCUGCACAGUAUGUGGAGACUGUACAGGCUAUGGUGCGAGCUGUGUCAGUAGUGGGCGUCCUGACAGAGUACCAGGAGGGAUCUGUGGCUGUGGAUCUGGGGAGUCUGGCUGCUCAGUAUGUGGAUGCUGUAAAGCUUGUGCCCGAGAACUGGACGGUCAGGAGGCAAGGCAGAGGGGCAUCUUUGAUGCGGUGAAGGAAAUGAUUCCCCUUGACCUUCUACUAGCUGUGCCUGUCCCUCCCCCUCCAGGAGUUAACAUUGAAGAACACAUCCAAAUCCGACAAGAAGAGAAACGUCAAAGGAUCAACCGACGACAUCGACUGGAAGAAGGUCGAGGCCCUCUUGUUUUUCCUGGUCCCAUUUUUAUGAACCAGCGUGAGCAGGCCCUAGCCAGAAUAAGACCCCUUCAGGCACUAAGGCAUAAACGGGACAAGCACAAAGAUGGGAGUAGUGAACGAGGAGAAAAGGAUGCCAGCAAAAUCACCACCUACCCUCCCGGAGCGGUGAGGUUUGACUGUGAGCUGCGAGCAGUUCAGGUCAGCUGCGGUUUCCACCACUCAGUGGUUCUCAUGGUAAAUGGAGACGUUUACACAUUUGGUUAUGGGCAGCAUGGGCAGCUUGGGCAUGGUGACGUCAACUCCAGGGGAUCACCGACUUUGGUUCAGGCACUCCCAGGUCCCAGUGUCCAAGUGACAGCAGGCAGUAACCACACUGCUGCUCUUCUAAUGGACGGACAAGUAUUUACUUUUGGCAGCUUCUCGAAAGGACAGCUUGGCAGACCCAUAUUAGACAUGCCCUACUGGAACGCAAAGCCAUCUCCAAUGCCUAAUAUUGGGGCUAAAUACGGACGGAAAGCUACCUGGAUUGGUGCCAGUGGAGACCAAACCUUUCUGAGAAUCGACGAGGCUCUUAUUAACUCCCAUGUGCUUGCUACUUCAGAAAUCUUUGCCAGUAAACAUAUAAUUGGCCUUGUACCGUCAUCUGUGUCUGAGCCCCCUCCAUUCAAAUGCUUACUAAUCAACAAAAUGGAUGGAAGCUGUCGUACCUUCAAUGACUCUGAACAAGAAGAUCUUCAGGGAUUUGGCCUUUGUCUUGACCCCGUCUACGAUGUUAUUUGGAGAUUCUUGCCUGCCUCCAGAGAAAUGUGGUGUUACAAUGCAGUUAUAGCUGAUGCCAGAAUGCCCACAGCUACAGAUCUGCAGUCUCGUUGCAGCAUUCUUAGCCCAGAGCUCGCUUUGCCUUCAGGGUCCCAAGCAUCGACCACUCGUUCUCAUGCAGCCCUUCAUAUUCUUGGCUGCCUGGACACACUGGCUGCAAUGCAGGAGCUGAAGAUGGGUAUAGCAAGUGCAGAGGAAGAGACCCAAGCUGUAAUGAAGGUCUACUCCAAGGAAGACUACAGUGUGGUGAACCGCUUUGAGAGUCAUGGUGGUGGUUGGGGCUAUUCUGCCCACUCUGUUGAAGCCAUUCGCUUCUGCGCUGAUGCAGACAUUCUGUUGGGUGGCCUGGGUUUGUUUGGUGGUCGAGGAGAAUAUACUGCCAAAAUCAAGCUUUUUGAACUGGGACCUGAUGGAGGUGAUCAUGAAACAGAUGGUGAUCUACUUGCAGAGACAGAUGUGCUAGCCUAUGACUGUGCUGCUAGGGAAAAGUACGCCAUGAUGUUUGAUGAACCAGUACUGCUACAACUUGGCUGGUGGUAUGUUGCAUGGGCUCGAGUGUCUGGCCCCAGUAGUGAUUGUGGUUCUCAUGGUCAGGCUACCAUUACUACCGAUGAUGGAGUGGUCUUUCAGUUCAAAAGCUCCAAGAAGUCAAACAAUGGUACAGAUGUUAAUGCUGGUCAAAUACCACAACUACUGUACAGGCUUCCUUCAAAUGACGGCAAUGCUUCUAAAGGAAAGCAGCAAACAAGUGAGCCAGUUCAUAUACUUAAGCGCUCCUUUGCUCGGACGGUUUCUGUGGAAUGUUUUGAAUCCUUGUUGAGUAUUCUUCAUUGGAGUUGGACCACUCUAGUUCUGGGAGUGGAGGAGUUGCGUGGCCUUAAGGGUUUUCAGUACACAGCCACCCUGCUGGAUCUGGAGAGACUGCGAUUUGUUGGCACAUGCUGCCUUCGCCUUCUCAGGGUUUACAUCUGUGAGAUCUUUCCUAUUGCAGCCAGCACAAAGGCUGUUGUGGAGGAGUCAAGCAAACUGGCAGAGUGUGUGGGAAAGACACGCAGUCUGUUGAAAAGAAUCUUAUCUGAAGGAAUAGACAACUGCAUAACCAAGCUGGACAAUGACCCUCAAGGGUAUUUGUCUCAGCCCCUUACUCUCCUCGAAGCUGUGUUACAAGAGUGUCACAACACAUUCACUGCCUGUUUCCAUUCCUUCUACCCAACACCUGCUCUGCAAUGGGCAUGCCUCUGUGACCUGCUCAAUUGCUUAGAUCAGGAUAUUGCUGAGGCAAACUUUCGCACAUCAAGCAGCCGUUUGCUUGCAGCUGUUAUGUCAGCUCUUUGUAACACAUCGGUCAAGCUGACAUCCAUCCUUCCGAUUGCGUAUGAUGGUGAAGUGCUUCUUCGCUCACUGGUCAAACAGGUCAGCACAGAGAAUGACUCUGCACUAGCCCACCGCUUUCCCCUGCUGGUGGCCCACAUGGAGAAACUAAGCCAUACUGAAGAAAAUCUAAUGGGCAUGACGAGUUUCCGGGAGGUGCUAGAGAAGAUGCUGGUGAUUGUUGUGUUGCCAGUAAGAAAGAGUCUGCGGAAAGAAGUUGAGCUUUUUUCCCCACAUUUGGUCUCAAACACCUGCGGCCUGCUAGCCUCCAUAGUUUCUGAGCUUACUGCGUCCGCCCUCGGCUCUGAGGUUGAUGGGCUAAACUCACUUCACUCUGUCAAAGCAUCUCCUAACCGGUUCACCAAAACAAGCCAAGGUCGAAGUUGGAACACAGGCAAUGGUUCUCCAGAUGCUAUCUGUCUAAAUGUGGACAAACCUGGGGUUGUUUUAGUGGGAGUCUGUGUCUAUGGAGGAGGAGGUAUCCAUGAGUAUGAACUGGAAGUGCUUGCUGAUGAUGCUCAGACUGAACACCCUGGCGAUUCAGCUCAUUCACACAGGUGGACUUCACUGGAGCUGGUGAAGGGAACCUACAGCACAGAUGAUUCUCCCAGUGAUAUUGCAGAAAUACGUUUGGACAAGGCUGUACCACUGAAGGAAGGGGUGAAAUAUGCUGUUCGUCUGCGAAACUAUGGUAGUCGUACAGCUAAUGGCGAUGGGGGAAUGACCACAGUGCAGUGCUCCGAUGGUGUGUCCUUCACCUUUAGUACAUGUAGUUUAAGCAGCAAUGGGACCAACCAAACCCGAGGACAGAUCCCACAGAUUCUGUACUACAGGAGUGAGUAUGAUGGAGAUCUCCAGUCACAACUUCUAAGCAAAGCCAACGAGGAAGAUAAAAACUGUAGUAGAGCGCUCUCUGUGGUCAGUGCUGUGGUGAGGGCGGCAAAAGAUCUUCUCCAUAGAGCUUUUGCUGUUGAUGCUGAUGAUAUUCCAGAACUUUUGAGUUCUUCUAGCCUGUUUUCUAUGCUUCUACCUCUCAUCCUGGCUCAUAUUGGACCUGUUGCAGCAUCUGUGCCAAAGGCUGCUGUUGAGGUUUUUGGUCUUGUCCAAGAGUUGCUUCCCGCUGUCUCUGCUCUUAACCAAAAAUAUGCUCCACCCACCUUCAAUCCCAACCAGUCCACUGACAGCACUACUGGCAACCAGCCUGAGCAGGGCCUUUCAGCUUGUACAACCUCUAAUCAUUACGCAGUAAUUGAAAGUGACCAUCCAUACAAGCAAGCUGGUGUCACACAGUAUAAGGUGUCAUUCCCAGACUGUGUACGCUGGACUACCGUUGAGUUUGAUCCUCAGUGUGGCACAGCACAACCAGAAGAUGUCCUCCGCCUUCUUAUUCCCAGCCGUAUCCUUCACCUGGCCAGCCUUGGGGGCAAACCACUAAUUCAUGACACGAUCAACACAUGGACUGAACUCAAAAAGUUUUCUGGCUCCACAGGAUGGCCAACGACUGUGCUUGUCCUUCCAGGAAAUGAAGUCUUAUUUUCUCUAGAAACUGCGUCUGAUUAUGUAAAGGAUGAAAAAGCUUGCUUCUAUGGAUUCAAAUGUAUUGCAGUGGGUUACGAAUUCAAUCCUGGUCCAGAUGAGGGCAUUAUCCAACUAGAGAAAGAGUUGGCUUACUUAGGUAGUGUGUGUGCAGCAGCUCUGAUGAAGAAAGACCUUGCCCUUCCAAUUGGUAAUGAACUAGAAGAAGAUCUUGAAAUACUGGAGGAAGCAUCUCUUCAGGUGUGUAAGACACACUCUGGAAUCUUGGGGAAAGGCUUGGCUUUGUCACACUCUCCGACGAUUCUGGAAGCCCUGGAGGGAAAUCUGCCUUUGCAUCUCCAAACCAAUGAGCACUCUUUUCUUGAAGAUUUCAUUACCUGUGUGCCAAACUCAAGUGGAGGACGCCUGGCCAGAUGGCUGCAGCCAGACUCAUAUGCAGACCCCCAGAAGACAUCCUUGAUCCUAAACAAAGAUGAUAUUCGCUGUGGAUGGCCUACUACUGUUGUUGUUCAGACCAAAGACCAGUAUGGUGAUGUGGUUCAUGUACCCAACAUGAAGGUGGAGGUAAAGGCGGUACCAGUGUCACAAAAGAAGUCUGUGCAGCCCGAAAAUAUGAAGAAGUUGCAGAAGCUUCCUGGAGGGUCCUCUCCAUCAUCUUCUGGGCCUGAUCUGACAUUUGGAGGGCUACCAACACCAAAGUUGGAGGCCACCUACGAACCAAUGAUCGUAAAGGAGGCGAGAUACAUCGCUAUAACAAUGAUGAAGGCGUAUGAAAACUACUCUUUUGAAGAACUGCGCUUUGCCUCCCCUACUCCAAAGAGACCUAGUGAAAACAUGCUGAUUCGUGCCAACACUGAUGGGACCUACAGUGCCAACUGGACUCCUGGAGCUGUGGGUCUCUACACAAUUCAUGUUACCAUUGAUGGGAUUGAAAUAGAUGCUGGUUUGGAAGUGGAGGUCAAAGACCCUCCAAAAGGCAUGAUACCUCCUGGAACUCAGAUGGUAAAACCAAAAGCUGAGCCUCAGCCCAGCAAAGUCCGCAAAUUUGUUUCUAAGGACAGCGCAGGUCUGCGUGUGCGUAGUCAUCCGUCCCUGCAGAGUGAACAGAUAGGCACAGUGCAUGUCAAUGGCACUAUCACUUUCAUUGAUGAGAUCCACAAUGAUGAUGGCGUAUGGCUCAGACUUAAUGAUGAAACUGUGAAGAAGUAUGUCCCUAGCAUGAAUGGGUACACUGAAGCCUGGUGCCUCUCUUUUAACCAGCACUUGGGCAGGAACCUCCUAGUCCCGACUGACGAGGUCAGGGGCCAGUCGGAGGAGAACGUAAAGGAGGUGAGCAGCUGCCCUUCCUACGAAGCCCCCAUUCGGGUGCAGAGCAGGGCAGGGCAGGGCGGCGGCCCAGGGCUUUAUAAGGUAGUGAAGACCGGCCCUUCUGGUCACAACAUCAGAAGCUGCCCAAACCUUAGGGGUAUCCCCAUUGGAAUGUUAGUACUUGGCAACAGAGUCAAGGCAAUAGGCGAGGUGGUCAACUCAGAGGGAGCGUGGAUACAGCUGGAUAAGAAUAGCAUUGUGGAGUUUUGUGAAAGCGAUGAAGGAGAAGCCUGGUCAUUGGCAAGGGACCGUGGAGGAAAUCAGUACCUCAGACACGAUGAGGAACAUGCUCUGCUUGAGACACAGACGCCACCUCCCAGUCCUUUCUCUGUGCAAGCGUUCAACAGAUCUACAGCCUCAAAUGGAGCCCAGGGCUUUGACUAUGGAAUCUCCAACAACAAAGGUGACCGGUUGAGUGCCAUACUGAAUUCCAUUCAGUCUGGGCCUUUCCUCUCAGCAGCUCCCUCUUCCUCCAUUUUUGAACAAGCUGCCCAAACUCCCUCCUCCUCCUCCUCCCUUGUCCACAGUCCAUUUGUGUUUGGACAGUCCCCCUCCCAACUGUCUCAGCCACAACCACAGCUUCUCAGUGAGCGUGGAAAUCUUAUGUCCGGAGCCAAGCCCAUGUCUCCGUCAUCCAAACACCGGCUGGAAAAUCGCUCACCAAAACAGGAGAGUCGUGGAAACCGUGUUUCUGAACAAAGCAGGAUGAAGACUGGGGAGGGUGCACUUUCAGCCAGUGAAGCUCUUAUUUUAAGAUCAGACACAGCUAAACUGAGGUCGGACACGCAUAGUCGCUCUCACUCACCCAACCACAACACUCUGCAGGCUUUAAAAGCAGACGGCAGGACCCCUGGACUCCGAGCAGAAUCACCAAACCCUGGGUCUCGCUCCUCAUCCCCCAAACAGAAAGGUUCAUCCUCCUCAGGAAGGUCUAGUCCUUCCUGUACUUCUCCCCAACAGAACUCCGUAUCUCCUCAUGAUAAAAACCUCCCUUCUAAAGUCAGCCCUUCUUCCAAAUCUCGCCUGGAUCCUCCCAGAGAAAGAUCUAAGUCAGACUCCUACACCCUGGAUCCUGACACCCUUAGGAAGAAGAAGGUUCCUCUUACAGAGCCCCUUAGGGGCAGGUCUACCUCACCAAAGCCUAAACUGUCACCUAAAGAUCCAAAUAAAGGUGUAAUUGGUAAUGUAGAAAAUCGUAUCCCCUCUUCUCAAGUUACCCAGGAAAACCUGCAUAGUGAAGUUGUGGAGGUGUGCUCUUCAAGUACUCUUCUCUCUAAUGAAGAUACAAAUGAUGAAAAUACAGACGAUGGUUCCUGCAAGGUGCACUUUAGCAUUGGCAAAGCCCCAGUCAAAGAGGAACAGGAAAGUCGCUCAUCUCCAAAGGUCAGUCGCAAAACCUCUAGCAGACACACGCGGCCUAAGAAGGACAAAUCCGGACCCUUGUUUAAAGCAGAGAGCUCCACAAGACUGACAGAGCCGGCCAAACAAGCGAUGUCCCCCUCUGUGGCCGAAUGUUCACGAGCGGUCUUUGCAGCAUUCCUUUGGCAUGAAGGUAUUGUACAUGAUGCCAUGGCCUGUUCUUCUUUUCUCAAGUUCAACCCAGACUUAACCAAAGAGCACGCUCCAAUUCGUAAUUCUCUUGGAGGACAGGGGGCUGAGGAGAAGGAGAGCAAACUAAAGAACCGGCACUCUUUGGAGAUAUCAUCAGCACUGAAUAUGUUUAACAUAGCUCCCCAUGGCCCAGAUAUUUCCAAGAUGGGCAGUAUCAACAAAAACAAAGUGCUCUCAAUGUUGAAGGAACCACCGCUGCCAGAGAAAUGUGAAGAUGGAAAAGCUGAUGCUGUUUCAUAUGAGAUGUCCUCUCAUACUUCUAUGAGGGUGAAGUCAAUUUUACCUCUGACAUUACAACACUUAGUUGCUUUUUGGGAAGACAUAUCAAUGGCUACUAUCAAAGCUGCCACUCAAAAUAUGAUAUUUCCAAGCCCAGGUUCAAGUGCCAUACUUAAAAAGAAGGAACAUGAAAAAGACAGUAAAAAAGCAAAGAAGGAGAAGAAGAAGAGGGAGAAGCCUGAGGUGCGCCCAAGAGGGAACCUGUUUGGAGAGAUGGCACAGCUUGCUAUGGGUGGGCCUGAGAAAGACACCAUCUGUGAGCUGUGUGGAGAAUCGCAUCCCUACCCUGUCACCUACCAUAUGCGACAGGCCCACCCUGGCUGUGGUCGCUAUGCUGGUGGUCAAGGGUACAACAGCAUUGGUCACUUUUGUGGUGGUUGGGCGGGAAAUUGUGGUGAUGGAGGCAUUGGAGGUAGCACCUGGUACCUUGUGUGUGAUCGCUGUCGGGAAAAAUACUUGAGAGAAAAACAAACUGCUGCUAGAGAAAAGGUGAAGCAGUCAAGGAAGAAACCAUUACAGGUCAAAACCCCAAGGGCUUUGCCCACUAUGGAGGCUCACCAGGUCAUUCGGGCAAAUGCUUUGUUCCUGCUGUCUCUGAGUAGUGCUGCAGAACCCAGCAUGCUUUGCCAUCACCCUCCCCGACCCCCACAUACACAGUUGCUUCCCAGCCUCAAGGAGGGUGUGUCUGAAGAAAUGCCAAACAAAAUGGGAUGCCUCUACCUUCAAACACUUGCCAGGCAGCACACUGAAAACUUUGGGGGUUACCAGGACGAUAACCUUUUCCAAGAUGAGAUGAGGUAUUUGCGCUCCACCUCUGUCCCUGCCCCCUACAUCUCAGUCACACCUGAUGCCUGCCCUAAUGUGUUUGAGGAACCAGAAAGUAACAUGAAAUCAAUGCCCCCCAGUCUUGAGACCAGUCCAAUUACUGACAGCGACACAGCUAAGAGGACGGUGUUCCAAAGGUCAUACUCAGUUGUUGCUUCUGAGUAUGAUAAACAGCACUCUCCAUUACCAGCUCGGGUUAAGGCUGUGCCCAGGCGCAGAGUGCACAGUGGUGAUGCAGAGGUAGGAUCUUCCCUGUUGCGACACCCGUCUCCUGAGCUGUCAAGGCUAAUUUCGGCUCAUGGCUCCCUUAGUAAAGGAGAGAGAAAUUUCCAGUGGCCGGUCUUGGCUUUUGUUAUUCAGCACCAUGACCUCGAGGGACUGGAAGUGGCAAUGAAGCAUGCUCUGAGGAAGUCUGCCUGUCGAGUCUUUGCCAUGGAGGCUUUCAACUGGCUACUGUGCAACGUAAUACAGACCACAUCUCUACAUGAUAUACUGUGGCAUUUUGUGGCAUCUCUUACACCAUCUCCUUUUGAGCCUGAAGAUGAAGAGGACGAGGAAAACAAAGGCAACAAGGAAAAUGUGGAACAGCAGGAAAGGGACCUUGGUGUCUGUGAGCAUCCUCUGUCAGACAUCGUCAUUGCUGGGGAGGCCGCUCAUCCUCUUCCUCACACCUUCCACCGGCUCCUCCAGACCAUCUCUGACCUCAUGAUGUCCCUUCCCAGUGGUAGCUCACUUCAGCAAAUGGCUCUCAGGUGCUGGAGUCUUAAAUUCAAACAGUCAGACCAUCAGUUUCUUCACCAAAGCAAUGUUUUUCAUCACAUUAACAACAUUUUGUCCAAAUCGGAUGAUGGCGACAGUGAGGAAAGCUUUAAUAUCAGUGUGCAAUCUGGCUAUGAAGCAAUGAGUCAGGAUCUGUGCCUGGUCACCUGUCUAAAAGACCUAACAAGUGUUGUAGACAUGAAGACAUCUAGUCGCCCUGCCAUGAUUGGAAGUCUCACUGAUGGAUCCACAGAGACCUUUUGGGAAUCUGGAGAUGAAGAUAAGAACAAAACCAAAAGCAUCACGAUUAGCUGUGUCAAAGGCAUAAAUGCUUCAAAUGUGUCUGUACAUGUGGACAACUCCAGAGAUAUCGGGAACAAAGUCACUUCAGUUACAUUUCUGUGUGGAAAAGCGAUUGAGGACCUCUGCAGGAUAAAACAGGUUGACCUUGACUCUCGACACAUGGGCUGGGUGACUAGUGAGCUUCCUGGCGGCGAUCAUCAUGUGAUUAAAGUGGAACUGAAAGGUCCAGAAAACACACUGAGAGUUCGGCAGGUGAAGGUCCUCGGGUGGAAAGAGGGGGAGAGCAUUAAAAUUCCAGGACAAGUGUCUGCCAGUAUGGCCCAACAGAAGAACUGUGAAGCGGAGACGCUUAGGGUGUUCCGCCUCAUCACCUCACAGGUAUUUGGAAAACUCAUUUCUGGUGAUGCUGAUCCAACUCCAGAACAAGAGGAGAAAAACCUGUUAUCAUCUCCCGAGGGAGAGGAUAAGGCACCAUCUGAUGCAGACCUUAAGGAGCACAUGGUUGGCAUCAUCUUCAGCAGGAGCAAGCUCACUAAUCUCCAGAAACAAGUGUGUGCACAUAUUGUUCAAGCUAUUCGCAUGGAGGCCACAAGAGUCAGGGAGGAGUGGGAGCAUGCCAUCUCCAGUAAAGAAAAUGCCAAUUCUCAGCCCAGUGAUGAUGAUGCUUCUUCAGAUGCCUACUGCUUUGAACUCCUGUCCAUGGUCCUGGCUCUCAGUGGCUCUAAUGUGGGCCGACAGUAUCUAGCACAACAGCUAACUCUUAUGCAAGAUCUUUUCUCGCUGCUUCAUACUGCCUCUCCACGGGUACAAAGACAGGUGACAUCAUUGCUUAGACGGGUACUACCAGAGGUGACCCCAGUACGACUGGCCAGCAUUAUUGGAGUAAAGGCUCUGCCCCCUGCAGAUAUCAGUGACAUUAUCCACUCCACCGAGAAAGGCGACUGGAACAAAUUGGGCAUUCUAGACAUGUUUCUGGGAUGCAUUGCUAAAGCCCUUACUGUGCAGUUGAAAGCCAAAGGUACCACCAUCUCAGGCACUGCUGGUAUGGCUGUGGGCAAAGGGGUAACAACGGUCACUCUGCCAAUGAUCUUCAACUCAAGUUACAUCCGAAGAGGUGAGAGCCACUGGUGGAUGAAAGGCUCCACUCCUCCACAAAUUGCAGAGAUCAUCAUAAAGCUGGUCAAAGACAUGGCUGCAGGCCAUUUAUCUGAUGCGUGGUCCAGAGUCACCAAAAAUGCCAUUGCUGAGACUAUCAUCGCUCUGACCAAAAUGGAGGAGGAGCAUAGGUCUCCUGUAAGAUGUAUCGCCACAACACGGCUUUGGCUCGCCUUGGCUUCACUUUGUGUUUUGGACCAAGAUCAUGUAGACAGGCUGUCCUCUGGCCGGUGGAUGGGCAAAGAUGGCCAACAAAAGCAAAUGCCCAUGUGUGAUAACCAUGACGACGGCGAAACAGCAGCCAUCAUCCUGUGUAACAUUUGUGGCAACCUCUGCACUGACUGUGACCGAUUCCUCCAUUUGCAUCGGCGCACACGCUCUCACCAAAGACAGGUAUUUAAAGAGGAAGAGGAGGCUAUAAAGGUGGAUCUCCAUGAAGGCUGUGGAAGGACCAAACUUUUUUGGCUCAUGGCUUUGGCUGAUUCAAAGACGAUGAAAGCCAUGGUGGAAUUUAGAGAGCACACAGGUAAACCAGCGUCCAGCAGCUCGGACGCCUGCCGCUUCUGUGGUACCAGGAACGGAACUGAGCUGUCCGCUGUAGGAAGUGUUUGUUCAGACCCAGACUGCCAGGAGUAUGCCAAACUUGCUUGUAGUAAGACACAUGCUUGUGGGCACCCGUGUGGUGGAGUCAAGAAUGAAGACAGCUGCUUGCCCUGUCUGCAUGGUUGUGACAAAAACACUGGCUGUCUGAAACAAGAUGCAGAUGACAUGUGCAUGAUCUGUUUUACCGAAGCCCUCUCAGCUGCCCCCGCAAUACAGCUGGAUUGCACUCAUGUAUUCCACCUUCAAUGCACUCGGCGUGUUCUGGAAAAUCGCUGGCUUGGGCCUCGCAUUACAUUUGGUUUCAUGCAGUGUCCCAUUUGCAAGAACAAAAUCAACCACUCUGUGCUCAAGGACCUGCUGGAUCCCAUUAAGGAGCUUUAUGAGGAUGUGAGGAGAAAGGCUUUGAUGAGGCUGGAGUAUGAGGGUCUACACAAGAGUGAGGCAAUAACUACUCCCGGUGCACGCUUCCAUAAUGACCCUGCAGGAUUUGCUAUGAACAGAUAUGCGUAUUAUGUCUGCUACAAAUGCAAGAAGGCCUAUUUUGGAGGAGAGGCACGCUGUGAUGCUGAAGCGGGACAAGGAGAUGACUACGACCCCAGUGAGCUCAUCUGUGGAGCCUGUUCAGAUGUGUCUAGGGCUCAGAUGUGCUCUAAGCAUGGUACAGAUUUCCUGGAGUAUAAAUGCCGGUACUGCUGCUCUGUGGCGGUUUUCUUCUGCUUUGGCACCACACACUUCUGCAAUGCCUGUCAUGAUGACUUCCAGAGGAUGACCAGUAUUCCCAAAGAGGAGCUGCCUCAUUGUCCUGCAGGGCCCAAGGGCAAGCAGCUGGAGGGAACAGAGUGCCCACUGCAUGUGGUACACCCUCCAACAGGGGAGGAGUUUGCUUUGGGCUGUGGUGUGUGUAGAAAUGCGCACACAUUUUAAAACCUGAACUGUAGAAGCAGUUCUCUCCUGUGAUUUGGCUGCUGCUUAGGCUCAGCCGUCAAGCUUGGUGUUGUCGAGUUUCCUGGCCGGUUUUGGGCCAGGUCUUUGCUCUAAGCCAGGCGUCUUCAGGUCUGCAUCAGUAACGUGUACUCUGCCCUACAAGAGUGGUGGCUACUCUGAUGUAACCUGAUUAAAUACAGAACAAUAACUUUAAAAAAGGAAAAAAGAAAAUAACUUGUGACGUGUUUGCAUGCGGCCGGUGUAUCCCCUCGGCUUCUUUAGACGUUGCACACCUCCUGAUCACUGAAGUGUAACAUUACAAGAUUUAACAAAGAGUAUAGAAAAAGGAAAGUUUGGAUCAGUGUGGGAUUAAAAAAAGGAACAGGCCGCAUUUCCAGCUUCCUAUAAAUUUAAAAUGUUAUAUGUAUGGGUUGACAGAUAAAAAAUUGUUGGUGGAAAAGACUGUUAAAAUGUUAUGUUUAGGAGGAAAAUAGUGUAUGAUUUAUCUAAUCUUGUAUAUAAUGAUAUUAUUCAAAAUAGCUGUAUUACAAAGUUGCUACUCUUCACUUCAUUUUUGUUUGAUAUUCUGGGAUAUGUUUGGAGCCAGAACUUUUAUUGAAGUGCAAUACUGGGUGUGCCUCCUAUUUUGCAGCUGUUUAAACCUAUGGAAUGUAUGUUGAUAAAGCCACUGUACAUUUUUAUAUAGUAGUCAGUAUCUCCUAAAUGUCAGCUCUCUUCCAUUGUCUAUGAGAAGUAGAAACCUGGAACAUACAGUCAUAAAUCUUGUUUGCAACCCUUGGUGAAAUGACAUAAAAUAUUUAAAAAACGAAACACUCAGGAGGAGACUGACAGAUGAGUAAGGAGAGAGGGCCCGUCUUGACACCAAAUUGUGCACCCAUCAUCCUUUUUCCAAGCAGGAGGCAGGGGGGUUGGGAUCAUUGAAACAGUGUAGAGAAUAAGAGCUGCUGUUAAAUAAAAAGCUUAUUACACGUGACUCUGCUCUGUAAUAUUUGUUGUGGAUGGAGCUGAACGGUAUUAAACCAGGUUCUCUGUUUCCCAA